AUGAAAAGAAGAACAAGAUCAGAAAGAAAAGCUCCAGAAAGACUUCCUACAGGUCAAAUUGGAGGAAUAGAAAGAUAUCAUGGUCCAGGAAUAGUUCUUGGUACAAGUAAAAUUAUAAGUGAUGCAAUUAGUGGAACAUCUAAUGAAAUGCUUGUACUUAUUCAUAGAUUAAUGUACCAACGACAAGGAAGCCAAAAAGAACGAUUAAAUAAUAUUUUAAGUUUUUGUGGAUUUGAAAAUGAUGAUCAAGUAGAAAAAUGUAAAGUUGCAUUAUUAAAAAGAAAUGAUGAAGAAAUAAAAACAUUAGCAGAAUUAUUUAAGCUUGAGGAUACACAAAGAGAUGAAAUGAUAGAUGGAUUAGCUGAGUUUUUGAAAGAACCAAAAAGACCAAGAGAAGAUGUUGUUAUUGAAUUUAUUGAUGAGGAACAAAACGAAUUAGAAGAACGAGAAAAGGAAGAAAAAGAGUUAGAACUUGAAAUGGAGGAAGAAGAUGAUGACCAAGAAGUAUAUGAUGAGAAUGAGGCUGAUGCUCUUGAAGAAGAUGAAGAUAUUUUUGAAGACUCAGAACUAGAAAAUGAACACGAAAGUGAGAGUGAAGAAGAUGAGGAGGAGGAAGAUGAUGAAGAUGCUGAUUUAGAUAAUGUUUUUGAUGAGACUGAAGAAAAGAAACCUAGAAAAAAAAAUUCUGAAAGUAAAAAUAAUAAAAAGAAAAAUUCAAAGAAAGACAAAAAUUGA